ACUUACCUCAAGGGAAGAGGUAGAAGAGAGAGAAUUCCGCUUUAUGUUGAACCAGUCCGAGUUGUCAAGAGUUAAAGAGAUUUUCUCCUCGGCAGAGAAGGAGGUGGAAAAAUGCAAGGCAGCUGUUGCAGAAAUUAGGGCAUUGCACCUCAUCUACAACCAGACGCCCUGGUCAAGGCACAUUAACAUCCUAAUCAGGGUGAGGCAUAUCGAGCUGAACUUUAAGCAUGGCGAUAGGGGCAAGAUACAUGCUGCAACUUUCAGGAAUGCCUUAGUAAACCUGCCCAAGAAGCUUUGUGACAAGCGCUUGCCAACAGAAGUUAAGCAAGUCCUUAAGGUUCAAGAGCUAGAAACCUCUAGGCUCGCAAUCGACGAAAUCAAUCGAGAAUGGGAUGGCCAAGAAGUGAAGGCGGCAUCAUCCAGAGGAGGCGAGGGUCGAAGAAUUGGGGAGAAGGGAGCACUUGGRAAGGUUUACAGGGGCUCGGUGGACGGCAAGGAGGUCGCGGUAAAGGUGAUGACGGGUGAGCUAACGGACAGCAAACGGAGCCAGUUUGUGGCCGAGGUGAACACCCUUAGCGGGCUCAAUCAUGCUUACCUGGUACAACUAGUCGGGUACUGCCUCGCGGGCGAUCACUGCAUCUUGGUGUACCCGUUCUUCAGAGGAGGCAGUCUGCAMGGGCGGUUGUGCCCCAAGGYCGUCAGUGGGGGCGAUGCAAAAGCGCCGGAGACAGACCAAAUUGUCGAGAAUCCAUCCCCUCCGCUGACGCUUCUGGAGCGCAUGAGCAUCGCCUUCCAGGUUGCCAAGGGGCUGUGCUACCUUCACGACGCCGCCAGGCCGCCRAUUAUCCAUCGGGACAUCAAGAGCAGCAACUUGAACAGGUCCGGCAGAGGCCGUGUAUUAGAAGCGGAACAAAUCCAUUCCCCUGUUCCCGCUCCAGCUGGAUCUGGCAUCACUGUUCUGGUAACAACUGUGGUGGCUGUCACAGUGGUCGGCAUGGUAAUCAUUGCCAGCUUGAUUUGCCUAUGGAGGAGAGCGCGCCGCCGACCAGCUGGUCUGGAACGUGCCCUGGAAGUCGGUGAGCAAGCAAAGUCAUCUUCACCGGAAGAUGAGGCGUUGGACGCGUGGGGAAUUAAGCCGUUGCGGGUCAAGCAGUUCACUUUCAGAGUCCUGUCGGAAUGUACGGACAGAUUCAGCGAGGGUCGAAGAAUUGGGGAGAAGGGAGCGUUUGGGAAGGUUUACAGAGGCUCGCUCGACGGCGAGGAGGUCGCGAUGAAGGUGAUGACGGGUGAGCUAACGGACACCAAACAGAGCCAGUUUGUCGCGGAAGUGAACACCCUCAGCGGGCUCAAUCAUGCUAACCUCGUACGACUAGUCGGGUACUGCCUCGCGGGCGAUCACUGCAUCUUGGUGUACCCUUUUUUCAGAGGAGGCAGCCUACACAGGCGGCUGUCGGCCAAGGCCGUCGGUGGGAAGGAUGCAAAAGCGCCGGAGACGGACCAAAUUGUCGAGAAUCCAUCCCCUCCGCUGACGCUUCUGGAACGCAUGAGCAUCGCCUUCCAGGUUGCGAAGGGGCUUGGCUACCUUCACGACGACGCCAGGCCCCCCAUUAUCCAUCGGGAUGUCAAGAGCAGCAACAUUCUGCUCGGCGAGGGAUCUGGAGAGAAGCUUCACGUUGUCGUAUCGGAUUUCGGAUUAGCAGCCAUCGGGGAGAGAGUAUUGGGCACAGGACAUGACCACGUCGUGCUGACCUCUCACAUUGGGGGCACUUUCGGGUAUAUGUCGCCCGAGUACAUGCUGAGAGGAGAGCUGUCCGAAAAGAACGAUGUGUACUCUUACGGGGUACUCGUUCUGGAGCUGUUGACGGGCAGGAAGGUGGUCGCGCCGGCUCCUUCCAGGCUGGGAUGGCAGACGCUCGUCGAGUGGGUAAAGCCUUUCCUUCGAGGGGCAGUCGUCCAGAGCGAGAGUAUGGAGAUGCCGUACCUGAUACUCGAUCCGUGCUUGUGGGAUCAGGUGGCUGGAGAUUCGAUGACGAAGAAUAUGGUGAUGAACACAUUCCGACUGGCUUGGGAAUGCGUCCCAGAGGAGUAUGGGUCCAGACCAGCCAUGAGAGAAAUCAUUCAGCGCAUGCACAAUAUGUUCCUGGACGUGGGUUGGGAUGGCCUGACGGUGAUGAUGGUGGACCUAGAAAACAAUGUGGAUGAUGAUGCGGUAGCCGCUACACGAGGUCUCAGGGAAAGAUGAAGGCACUGCGGCCUUGGCAGACAACGCAACAAGGCUGAGAUUGAACAACAAAAAGGCCUGAAAGGC